AUGGCUCCGAAAAGAAAGUAUGACGAUGGAUACAUAAAAUUUGGAUUUAUCGCAAUUGAAACUAACCGUGAAAUUCGACCUCAGUGUGUAAUAUGUGCCACCGUUCUCAGUAAUGAUGCGUUGAAACCCGCCAAGUUAGAACGGCAUUUAAAAAGUGUCCAUCCUACAUUAAGUGAUCGACCACCAGAGUUUUUCUUGGGUAAAUCAGAAAAUUUAAAAAAAAUGAAACUAUGUACAAGUGGUUCAAGAUUUGAGUCAAACGAAAAAGUUCUAUCUGCGUCAUUUAAAAUUUCACAAUUAAUCGCAAAAUCAAAGAAACCACACACAAUUGGUGAAAAUUUAUUAAAACCUUGUUUACUAACUGCCGUAGAAGAAAUUUUAGGUGCGGAAGCUAAAAAGAAAAUUCAAGAAAUUCCAUUAUCGAAUAAUACUGUGAAAGCUCGUAUUGAUAAAAUGUCUUUUGAUAUCGAAGAACAAUUAUUAGUAAAAAUAAAAAUUUCGCCUUUUUUCGCAUUGCAGUGUGAUGAAAGUACUGAUGUUUCACAAUGUUGUCAGUUACUGGUUUUUGUUCGAUUUUUGGACAACGACAAUUUAAUAAAAGAAGAGCUUUUAUUGUUACAAGAAUUGGGUACUACGUCAAAAGGAAGUGAUGUAAUGAAGAUAAUAAAUGAUUAUUUUGAAAAGCACGACAUUAUGUGGGAAAAGUUAGCAGGUUUUUGUACGGAUGGUGUUUCAGCUAUGUUAGGAUCACGCUCAGGCCUAACAACGUUGGUGAAAGAAAAAAACUGUAAAGUAUUGACAACACAUUGUAUUAUUCAUCGACAAGCAUUAGCAUCAAAAACAUUACCUGAAGAACUCCUAUAUACUUUGAAACAGGCCAUAAAGUUGGUAAACACCAUCAAAAGCAGUGCACUGAAUACUCGCAUUUUUAAAAAAAUAUGCUCGGACUUGGAUUCUGAAUAUGAAACUUUACUUUUUCAUACAGAAGUCCGAUGGCUUUCGAAAGGUAAUAUGUUGGCACGGUUAUUUUCACUAAAGGAGGAGGUGGCAGUGUUUUUAACUGAGAAAAAAAAUGAUAAUUUAUUGAAAUGUAUUUGUGAUCAUAAGUUUGAAAUACACCUGGCUUAUCUUGUCGAUAUCUUCGAACAUUUAAACAAGCUUAACUUGCAAUUACAAGGCUCUGGAAAUAAUAAACUGGAAGGCUCUGCAAAUAUAUUCUUAUUUGAAGAUAAACUUCGAGCGUUUAUGUGUAAAAUUGAUUUGUGGAUAAGUAAAGUUUAA